AGCGCUCCUCUGCCACGACGGAGCCAAGGGCAAGGAGAAAUCUUUCUUUAAAUUGGAGAUCUUUGGAAUUACUAGCUAUAACACGCUGACUUAAUUAAGGCAUGGUCGAUCUUCAAUGUCAAGUAUGUUAUCAGAGCUUUUCCAGGCUUGAUAGCUGUUGCAACCAUGUUCACACCCACAAUACGUCAACCAAAUCGUGCGUCGUCCGUGGAUGUAGACGAAAUUGUAGGCGUUUAUCAAGACACCUUAAGGGAACACAUAGAGGGUUAUGUGAGUACUCGUGUGUCAAAUGUUCCAAAGUGUUCGUUCGCGAAUGCGACUUGAAUAUGCAUUUGAAGGCCAAACAUUCGGGAGAAGUGCUGAGCUUGCUUAACCAACGUGUCCAUGCAAUUCCGACAGGAUUGAUUUUCACAGAAACUAAACUCUUUUCAAGCCAGAAGACGUAAAGAAAAAGUAAAAACUAGCAAGGCAAGAGAGACAGGAGGGGCCAGAAUAACAGUAGAUUUCCAUAGCCCAAUAACAGCAAAAAAUCUCAACAAAUUCAUUAGUGAAACACUCCAGCCAACUAAAAAGUUCAACAAAGAAAUGAAGAAAAUCGUCAAAUUGAUAUGCGAUCUCUUGCAGAAACGUGAAAGGCCCGAUCAAAACGUAAAGGGGGGAUCGCAAGGCAAAGGAACAGCAGUGAAAGAAUAUUGCGACAUAGACCUUGUUAUGAUUUUAAACGAUGUGAAGGAUGCACAAGAUCUCCAAAAGCAACUACCGAAGAUUAAAGAAGAAGUCAAGGAAAAAUUGAGACGCUAUGCAAGUGCCCAUAUUGUUCCCAACUCCUUAACAGACACAACAUUCUCGGUGAAGUUUUCUGUCCAAGGAACAAAUGGAAAUAUAGAUGUUGACCUGUUGCCAACGUUUAAAUUUGAAGAUCUUCAAGAUCUGUAUCAACGUAUGCUGAAAGAUAUGGAUUACGCUGACUAUUACAGCGCAGCGUUAGUUCAACAGCAGGUGGAUUUUGUGGAGGAGUAUCCACCCAAUGUAAAGAAUUUGAUUCGUUUGGUCAAAUACUGGAAAAAGGAAAUGGUUGAACCAUCCUCAGCUAGUCGGCGAAUCCCGAAUUCCUACCUCAUGGAACUGAUCACGAUUCAUCUUUGGGAAGAAAACACGGAAGAUAGUGAUGGGAAAUUUGAUACAUUGAAAGCGUUCCAUGGGGUAAUGGAAGCAUUAAUGGACUACGAAUCUUUGAAUGUUAUUUGGACAGAGAAUUACUCCGAAAAUGACAUACCAAGCGAAAUUAAAGACCAAAGACCCUUGGUUAUGGACCCUGCGAAUCCAACGAACAACGUUUGCGAAAAUUUUGAGUGGGAAGAAAUCAAAGAAGAGGCAAAAAGAGUGCUUGCAAGUCCAAUGAUGCGCGGUGUUUCUUCAACUACUUGGAAAUAAGAAAAUCAGAUCCGCUGUUUAAUUAAUCUUUACGCACAAAUUUUACAUUAACAUAUUACAUUCGAAGGUAACAUUAACAUAAAACAUCUCACUUAAUGUUUCAUCAAUAAAAGCACUAGAGCAAAUCAAGACUGAGGGAGGACCGUUGCGUGUCUCAAUUAUGAAGGAUCAUGCAUGUUUUAUUAUAUGGAUUACACGUUACAAUAAUUAUAACGAUAUAUAGCAAUUGUUUAACAUAGUAAGUAGCCAGAUAUUUAAAUGCAUGAGUUUGAAGUAUUGAGUACAGUUGUCACUUUUAUAAAUGUAUGAUCGAAAGCUAUAAGUUAUUUAUUUGUUAACAACUACUAAUGAUUUGUACGCGUACAAUUAAUAUGAACCCAUUUAGGGAAUGAAUAUGGAUUUAAAUAGAAUGAAUUAAGUCGUGCAAUUACUGCCAAAAUCAUACAUUCCUGCUCGUGGAUAACAAAUCUAACAAAUCAACCACCACCUCCUAGGCGGUCGGUUGAUUUUGUAAACAUUCAUAUGAUUUUUGCAUUAAUUCUGUUAUCAUUAUUAUCAUCGCCGUUCUAUUAUAAUUAUUUAUUAUUAAAACUGAGAAAAUAAAGUGAGUUGACCAGUGCUAAUAUUAUUAAUAGUACAUUAUCGAAAUGUCAGUA